AUGCAAGAUCCAAACUCUAAGUAUUCGUUGAAUCAGACGCCGUCUUUUUCGGGGGCGACAAGGCCGGCCCAUCACCGAAGAGCACAUUCUGAGGUGAAUUUCCGGCUACCGGAGGAACUAGAUCUGGUGUCGGACCCAUUCGACGCGCCGGUAGGAAGUGUGGAGGAGAUGGGAUCGGAGGACGAUCUGUUUUCUACUUAUAUGGAUAUGGAGAAGCUCAGUGCUGGAGGUGGAUCUGAGAUUAAUGACUCUGUUUUCGAUAAUGUGGGUAGUGGAAGCGGUGUUUCUGUUGGUGGGGUGUCAGGUGAUGGUGGCGAAGAGAAGAGUGGCGGUGGUGUUGCUAGGCCAAGGCAUAGGCAUAGUAACUCGGUAGAUAGUUCGAGUCUUGUGCUUUCUGAAAGUAGCAUUGAAGCCAAGAAAGCCAUGGCUCCUGAUAAGCUUGCUGAGUUGUGGAGCAUUGAUCCUAAACGUGCCAAAAGGAUAUUGGCAAAUCGACAAUCUGCUGCUCGAUCAAAAGAGAGAAAGGCCCGUUAUAUCUCCGAGCUUGAGAGAAAAGUUCAGACCCUUCAAACUGAAGCAACAACUCUUUCCGCACAACUAACAUUGUACCAGCGAGAUACAACGGGGCUUAGUAAUGAGAACACAGAACUUAAGCUUCGGUUACAAGCCAUGGAACAGCAAGCUCAGUUACGUGAUGCUCUAAAUGAAGCAUUGAAACAGGAAGUUGAGAGACUAAGAAUUGCCACUGGAGAAAUAUCAGCCCCUUCAGAGACAUUCAAUUUGGCAAUGCAGCACAUUCCGUAUAAUCAGCCUGCCUUUUUUUCUCAGCAGCCUCAAUCAGCACCUAAUGAUUCCCAGAAUGUACAAAUGCCACAGUUUCAUCACCAUCAGACUGGCAUGUCAACUCAAAGGCCCCCUGUAUUUGCAUCUGCUCAGGGACAGGGUCUCUUGAACGCAUUGCAACAGGAUCCUCUUGGUCGUUUUCAGGGUCUUGAUAUCAGUAGCGGGGGAUCUCAUUUUGUGAAGUCUGAAGGCCCUUCUAUUUCAGCCAGUGAAAGUAGUAGUACAUUCUGA